AUAUGCAUGCUACCACACACACACAGCCUCAACGGCAUAAUGGAUUCAAAGAGUGGCAAAAUUGGUGUUGUAAUGUUUCCAUGGUUAGCUCAUGGUCACAUAUCUCCUUUCCUAGAGCUGGCCAAGAAGCUAACCACUAGAAACUUUCACAUAUAUUUUUGUUCAACACCUGCAAAUCUAGUCUCCAUUAAACAAAAGCUCUAUCCAAAAUACUCCUUCUCUAUUGAACUUGUGGAGCUUCAUCUUCCUCACUUGCCUGAGCUUCCUCCUCACUAUCACACCACAAAUGGCCUCCCACCCCAUCUCAUGGACACUCUCAAAGCUGCCUUUGACAUGGCAAGCGCUGCUUUCUCUCACAUACUCAAAGCUCUCAAACCGAAUUUGCUAAUUUAUGAUUUUCUUCAACCGUGGGCACCAUCUCUAGCUCUUCAACAAAAAAUUCCAGCUGUCGAGUUCUUAUGCACUAGUGCAACCAUGAUGUCAUUUUUGAAUCACUUCCUCAAGAACCCCGGUAUCAAGUUUCCUUUUCCAUCAAUUUAUCUUCACGAUCACGAAGUCGGUGACUUCAUCUAUCUCCUCGAAUCUUCAGCAAACAACAUCGAGAGCAAAGACCCUGUAAGAGCAUGCGGUGAACGAUCAUCUAACAUCGUUUUGAUAAAGACGACAGGAGAGAUGGAAGGAAAAUACAUUGAUUAUCUCUCUUUUCUAAUGGACAAGAAGAUUGUCCCAGUUGGGCCUCUUGUUCCGGAGCCUAUCAAAGAAUAUGGUGAGGAAACAAAAAUCAUCAAAUGGCUGAACACAAAGGAAAGAUCUUCUGUGGUGUUUGUUUCGUUUGGAAGUGAGUAUUUCUUAUCCAAGGAAGAUAUGAAUGAGAUAGCUUAUGGAUUGGAGCUAAGCAAGGUGAAUUUCAUUUGGGUUGUUAGGUUUCCAUUGGGAGGGAAUAGUAAGCUUGAUGAAGAAUUACCUGAUGGGUUUGUGGAAAGAAUAGGAGAAAGAGGAAUGGUGGUGGAGGGUUGGGCACCCCAAAUAAAAAUUUUGGAGAAUUGGAGUAUUGGUGGGUUUGUGAGUCACUGUGGAUGGAGCUCUGUAAUGGAGAGCAUAAAGUUUGGAGUUCCUAUUAUAGCACUGCCUAUGCAUCUUGACCAGCCACUCAACGCUAGAUUGGUAGAAGAGCUUGGUGUUGGAGUGGAGGUUUAUAGAGACAAAAAUGGGAGAAUUGAAAGAAAGGAAUUAGAAAGAACAAUAAAAUAUGUGAUGGAGGAGGAAAAUGGAGAGGUUUUGAGAAUGAAGACAAAUGAAUUUAGAGACAAAAUGAGAAACAAAGGAGAUGAAGAGAUUGAUGUGGUUGUGGCCGAGUUGGUGAAACUUUAUAGGAAGGUACAGAUUAAUUAGUUGCUUCAUAUUUCUCCAUUAUUUGAGUUUUGUUUGUUUGUUUGUUUGUUUGUUUGUUUUCUAUGCAAAAUAUAUAUAUAUAUAUAUAUAUAAAUUUGCCUGUUUGUA